AUGCGGACGCGGCUGCAUCGUCUGCUGCCAUGGGCAAUGCUGAUGCCGAAUGCAGCGCUCGCCUCGGCGUUUGAUCUCGCGUUGGUGAACAAGCGAGCCACAAAUACAGCCACAGAUACAGCGGCAUCUUCUCUCCCAACUCCCAUAUCUGUGUCGCCGAGCCAGGUGUUUGAGGGAGUUGAUGGCCCUUGGUCAUCGUUUGAGUUGCGCGUAGGAACUCCAGCUCAGAACCUUCGCAUAUUGCCUGGCACUUCAUCGACUCAAACUCUAGUUGUUCUGCCAGAGGGCUGUCAGAUCAUCAAAGUCAACGACUGCGCCAAUAGUAGAGGAGACUUAUUUAACACCACGGCUUCUCACACUUGGAAGGAUAUUGGCUUAUUCGAAUUGGGCUUCGAGAAUUCCCUGGGCUUCACGGACAAUGGUGACUUUGGAUAUGACACCGUCGGACUCGGAUAUCUUGGUAGUGGUGGCCCUGUUGUCAACCACUCAGUCAUUGCCGGUAUUGCAGGCACAGAGUUUUAUCUGGGGGUGCUUGCGUUGAACCCGCGACCAACGAAUUUCACCACUCAAAAUGAACCGCAGCAAAGCUUUAUGCAGCUUCUCAAGAACUCAUCAGCCAUUCCCAGUCUAUCAUACAGCUAUAACGCUGGAGCACCAUAUCGGCUGAACAAGGCGCUAGGUAGCUUGAUCUUGGGUGGUUACGAUACGUCUGCGUAUCAGAAUACGGACUCCUCUUAUAAGUUCUUCAGCGACCAGUCGCGUGACUUAUCGAUUGGCAUCCAAUCCAUCUCUACUAAUGCAAGCGCGGAUAAUACAAUACUCCAGUCUGCCCUGAUAUCCAUGUUUAUCGACUCUUCCGUGGCCGAAAUCUACCUUCCUCUGGACGCCUGCCAUGCUUUUGAGAAAGCCUUUGGUCUGACUUACAACACCACUCUGGAAAUGUACUUGGUUAGCGACUCACUGCACAGCAAGCUCACUAAAGAAAACCCGGUUGUAACUUUUGAAGUAACAACUCCGAUUACUGGCGGCUCGUCCUUUAACAUUACUUUUCCCUAUGCGAGCUUCGACCUGACGGCAAACCCUCCACUUUUGAAGUCUUCGUCUCGAUACUUUCCUCUCAAGAGGGCAGCCAACGACACUCAAUAUGUUCUAGGGCGGACAUUUCUGCAAGAAGCGUACUUGAUUGUGGAUUAUGAACGAGGAAACUUUUCGGUCCAUCCUCGCGUGUGGAACGCCAGCGCCGAGUCGAACAUAGUCACUAUAUUUCCGCCUGGUGUCAAGCAGAGUGAGCCCACUCCGAGCCCUAGCCAUAGCAGCAGUAUCAGCGGAGGUGCUAUUGCGGGCAUUGUUAUCGGUGUUUGUGUCUUUAUAGCUGCUGCAGCCGCUGCCGCUCUUCGAUUCUUGGUACUCCCUCGCCGCAAAAAGGCAGCGGCCGCGCAAACUUCUCAAGUCGAUUCAACAACAGCAAUGAUGCUAGGAAGCGUGGAUGCAGCCUCACCCGAAACAUCGAGAGCUCUUCCUGGAGACACGCUCGGCGCAAACUUGGGAGAGCUUCAAGGAGACGAAACGACACCAAAACCAACACCGGAGGUGGAAGGCACUGCUCUGGCAACGAAGACUCCUAUGAGUGAGCUGGAAUCAGCGAGCACCCCGCCACCAUCAGAGUUACCUACUCCGGCGCCAUUGGCAGAAUUAUUGUCCAACGAGAUUUAUGAGAUGCCCGGAAGCGAUGUUCCAGAGCUCGCUGGAAGCCGAGUAGCAGCUCCUUUGGUACUCACGGAUUCGGAUUCAAGCGAGUUUAGCUUUGUGCCUGAACCGGAAGCAAUAGGCUCAGAUCAGCCAACAGGGGAAGACAGACUGCAAGAUAAUACAGCAAAGGAGAAGAUAGAUACUGGUGGCACAGAGGAUACCCAAGCGAAGAAGAGUGACGAAGUGAAAGAAGAAGUAAAAGAAGAAGCAAAAGAAGAAGCAAAAGAAGCAAAAGAAGCGAAAGAAGAUGGAGAGAAUGAGAAACCAACUGGGGAAGAGUCAGCGGGAAAUGAUGGAGUUCAUAAACCAUAA